AUGUCUCGAUGUUCGCAUCGUUAUAGUUGCUCCUUCCAGGUCCUUGUACCUGCCAAAGUCCAAGUGCGACUUCAACAAGGUGGCGAUGCAUCGGUAGCGAUCUCACCGACGGCUUUACCGUCGACUACGCUGCCGAUGAAUACGUCGACAAUGGCUUGGCCUCAGGCUGCUCCUGUUAAAGCUGCAUUUGCUCCUCCGAUGCACAACGCAUUGACUAGCCCUUGCAGUUCGCAGGCUGAUCCCCGAUCUGUUCGUGUAUCCAGCACAGGCCAAUGGACAGCUCCAGUAAGUGACUCAUCGACAACUCCGGAUUCCGGGAUUCAGUCUGUUCCAGGAUCACCACCUAGCAGUCAUCCAUUAACACCACCUACGAUGCAGUUAGAGGGAUGUGACUCAGUUUGUGAAGAACGAUAUGAAAACGAUGAAGAUUUCGCGGAUAUGCCUCGGCUUUUGCCUGCCGACCAAGAAGAGGAACCACAAUGUAGUAACAGCUGUGUGUCCGUACGUGAGGAUGUCACAUCAGCCCAUGGAUCCGAGUGUGAAACGGCACCAACCCCAUCGAUUUCAAUCACGACGACCAUGGACACUAAGGAGAUUGUGGAACAAUUGAUUAUGCUGGAUCCGCAAAAAGCUAAUGUCAUUGCAAAUCUCAUCAAACGGCGUCAGUCCAGCAACAAACGGAGAAGCGGUAGCAAACAGGAGCACGCUCCCAAAAGGGCUCGUCCAGCUAGCGCCGCAAGUGAAGAUGCCAAAAAGAGCGAGGAAGAACCUACGCCGACGGCUCGUGUCAGCAGAAGAAGCACCUCGCGUACCUCUUCCGUUAAAGAUGGCCGCGCUUCCAGUGCUGCAAGCAUGAAACUCGAAGUUUCGCCUGUUUGCAUAGAUGGAACCAGCGGCAUUGUUUCCCGAGAGAUCUCACCUGUUUCCCAUGUACAGAACCUCUUCGAAUCUCCGUUGGUGGAAGAACGCAAGUGCGAUGCAAACUCGUCAAAAGAUGAGUUGGAAAUAAGAAAGCAGUACAGAGAAGCUGUUAAACGAAUGCUUCGCGAAAAAGUGUCGACACUGCUUGAAGCUACUAUUGCCGAUCUCCAAGGCCUACGAAUUGGACCACGAGAACGGCAUGAUCGGCGGAAUAGCAAGGAAAGGAAGAAUAUGUGGGCUGUUAACUGGGAACAUGUCAAGAAAAGG